UAAAUAGGGGUUUUUCUUAGAGAGAGAAAAUGAUCGGAGUAGAGGAGGGAUGGAGUAUUAUGAAUUCUCUGGAUUAUUCUGUUAGCUUCUGUUUUAAGGAAGAAAUAAAGCAACGUUCACUCAACAAGAACACAGAGACUAAAGAAAUGGAAAAAUUCACUCGGCUGGAAGCUCUGCUGUUUACUGCUGUGCUGGAGAAUUGCGUUGAUCAGCUCUCAAUCCUUGGAUAUAUCAUGCCGGUUUCAUACGAGGGCAAGACAGACAUGAGUUGUAUUGAGAGCCAGGAAAUGAAAGAAAUCGGAGACAACAAGGACAUUGACCACCAAGAGCUUACAUGUGCAAGGCAAGGGGGUGGGGAAACAGUUACCUCCAAGCCUCUGAAAAGCACUGAACACAAGCAGCAGCUGGGGAAUUCUGAGGAUCUGAAAAGAGCCCAUCGUAUUUCCAACAAGUCCAUGAAACACAGCGCUCUGUCUGCAGAUACUCUCAGAAAAAUUCAGGCUGACAGGCAGUAUGCAAGUGAUGUAAUUACUGCAACUAUGAAAGAGAUGCAGGAAUCAGGAACAUUUAACAGCCUAACAGAAUCUAAUGGGAGAGAGAAUGCAAAGAAGAGCAAGUUUCACGACAUCCUCAUCAGGGAGGAGGAAGGAAAGAAGGAGAUAAAGUCACUCCAGAAACAGCUGCAAGAUGUCAAGAAAGAAACUGAAAUGGAACUUCAGAACCGAGAUAAUAUGAUUGUCUACCUCAAAGAUGAGUUCCAAGAGAUGAAGGCCAAAACAGACAUGGAGAAACGCUACGUAAAAAAAAGCACAGACCUCCAGGUCCACCAAACCCAGAAGAAGUGCAGCAAUGCAGAGAAUGGACUGAAAAAGGAAAUUGAGGACUUGAAGAGGAAAACUGAUGAGGAGAUUCGUGUCCACAUGGAGAUUGAAAAUUUCCUCAGGCAAUACUAUAAGAAGGUGGAGGAGAAGCUGGAGUACUGGGUGGACAAGUAUGAAAAUGACACAGACGCUAAAGACAAAGAACUUGAAGCCCUAAAAGAAUCAAAGGCAAGCAACGUGGAAAUGCUGCAGAGAUUUGCCAGUGAGUGCCAGACGUUUGAGGAAACCAUCAUCGCUGAUCGGGCAGAAAAGGAGGCUAAAAGAAGACAACUAGAGCGGGAUGCCCUGGAACUGAAGAGCAUCCUGAAGCUGCAGGCCUGGUGGAGAGGUACUAUGGUCCGCAGAAACCUUGGCCCCUACCAGAACCUCAGGAAGAGUCGAGAGAAGCAGCUGUUAAAGCAGACGAACAAAAAGGAAAAACCUGGAGCAAAGAAAAAGAAAUAAGUAAGAAACCCAGCCACAGACGCACUCCGAGGCUGCUGCUGGGCAGGGCACUGCUCUGUGCAUCCAUCAGGACGAAAUAAACCAUGUGAUAGGUUUUGG